UGGCCAACUCUGCAGCAGGUGCUAGCAGCUGGCCCGAAGCAGCCCACUUGGAACUCUGGCUCAUAGGCAUCGCUGUUGCCUCUUGCCUGAAUCUGAUGUGGUGCUGCCAAUCAGCGAGCAUCGGCAUGUUCAGAACCAGGCCUUGUUGCUGGCGCACCACAUUUGCCAUGUGCAUCAAAAGCUACUGGCGGAGCUUAAACAAAAUGCGGUGACAAUUACUUCUACUGCGAGACACACAAAUGCCUAUUUUCGCUCUCUCCAUGAUGUACUGCUGUCCGGGGCUGGGUCUGGUCUCCAAUGUCUGCCCUUGCUAGGGCUGCUGCCAGACCUGACGUAUCCGGGGCUGCCAGGACGAAGAGGCGUGUCCCCGCUGCACUGCUCAAUUUCAGACGGGUUGUUCUGCGGCAGCCGCUUGUUCCUGCGCUCAUCCCUGGGGUCGCCACCACCAUGUCUACCUCUGCCAUCGCUCCCUCUCCCGUUUCCACGGCCUUUGUUACUGCUGCGGAUUCUCCCUCCACGAUUCUUGCCGAUAUCUUGAGCCUGGGCUGGUGGAGCCUAUUGUGCCCUGGUCGACGCCCCCUUCUCACAUCCAAUGCCGAAGCCCCGCCGUCGGCAUGGGAUACUAGUGUCGCUGAUGCCUCUGCCAUGAGCGGAUAUCAGUGCUGCCCCUUGCACCGGUGUCAGAGAUCUGGCACAGGUCGGAAGUCCUUAUCCGAAGGCUCUUGUGCAAUGAGCAAAGUCGCGUAGUCAAUAGGAUCGCUUGCCACAAUGCUGAAACCAACACUGGCUAGCUUAUCUUGUAAUGGUUCCCCAGGCGGUGGGUCCUGGCCAACGGUUUCAGCUGGAAUGACCUCAGGCACAUUCACCUGAAUGCCGACAUUGUGCGUCCUGGGUCUAGCCACGGGAUG